GUGAAAAGUCCAAUAUGAAAGUCGUGUGCUCAGUAAAUCCAGGACAUUGCACUGUAAUAAGUUAUAAUUUCCUACUACUGAUCAUACUACAGCUUUGCUUAGACACAGUGGAGGGUGUGUGGCCAUUACCACAAACUUUUAUCACCUCGCCAGAGAGAUACCAACUGAAGCCUCAAUCUUUCAGCUUUGGUUACAGAAGACACUUGGCUGCACAGCACCACUGUUCUGUUCUGGAUGCUGCAUUCAAGAGAUAUUUUUCCAUUUUAUUUCCAGACUACGCUUCUGGAAAUGAUACUAUACGAUUCAGUGAGAACGAGAUAUUUACUCUCACAAUCAGUCUUGACCAUCAUGACUGUGAGGGUUACCCAAAUCAAGACUCUUCUGAGAGAUACAAAUUGAAUGUCUCUGCUGGGCAAGCAUCUCUGAAUGCUGAAACUGUGUGGGGUGUUCUGAAAGGUCUAGAAACCUUCAGUCAGUUGGUGUAUCAAGAUGAUUUUGGCUCAUAUUAUAUCAACAAGACCAAUAUCGAGGACUUCCCACAAUUCCAAUACAGAGGAAUUUUACUGGACACUUCACGCCACUAUUUACCAGUGCAGACCAUUUUAAAAACUCUGGAUGCAAUGGCCUACAGUAAGUUUAAUGUGUUUCAUUGGCACAUUGUUGAUGAUCCCGCCUUCCCCUACCAAAGUCGCACAUUUCCAGACCUUUCCAAUAAGGGGGCUUUCCACCCGAUGACUCACAUCUACACACAGUCAGAUGUGAGAAGGGUGAUCUCAUACGCCAGGAUGCGAGGAAUAAGAGUCCUUCCUGAGUUUGACUCACCAGGUCACACAAAAUCUUGGGGAAAAGGUCAGCCUGACUUGUUGACUCCCUGCUACAAAGGGGGCACUCCUUCAGGGACUUUUGGACCUGUUAAUCCGACAUCACCCUCCACCUAUCAGUUCAUGGCAUCACUUUUUAAGGAAGUGGCCUCAGUGUUUCCUGACACCUAUAUCCACUUAGGAGGGGAUGAAGUUGACUUUUAUUGCUGGAGAUCAAAUCCUUACAUUCGUGCAUUCAUGCACAAGAUGGGUUUUGGAGUGGACUUUAAUAAACUGGAAGCAUUCUACAUUGAAAAGAUUGUGAACAUCACAUCAGCUCUCAGGAAGACAUCCAUUGUGUGGCAGGAUGUUUUUGACUACCAUGAACAACACAAGUCUUUGUCAGUGGUGGAGGUAUGGAAACAGGGCUGUUACCUGUGUGAAGUACGCAAGGUUGUUAAAGCAGGGCUAAGGGUGAUUCUGGCCUCUCCUUGGUAUCUGGACCAGCCUGGACCCACACACAACUGGGCCCGCUACUAUAACGUAUGGCCUCUAGCCUUCAAGGGUACUGAGAAGCAGAAGAGGCUAGUGAUUGGGGGAGAAGUCUGCUUAUGGGGGGAAUAUGUAGAUGCCACCAACCUCUCCCCACGUCUCUGGCCAAGAGCAAGUGCUGCUGCUGAGAGACUGUGGAGCAAUGAGAGGCAGACCUCCAGUGUGGACAAAGCGUUUCCACGACUGCAGGAGUUUCGAUGCAAGCUCCUGAGGCGUGGAAUCCAAGCUGAGCCUCUUGAUGUAGGCCACUGCAAACAUGAGUAUCAAAGUGUUUGAGGAUGAUUUGACAUGCAACCUUUUUUGAUCCUUUGGGACAAAAAGAAAGGGAUGAAAGAAAAGACAAGGAAAAUCAAGUAAUUGACACUUUAAGCUUAUAUUAUUUAUUUUUAUUUAUUUUUUUGGGUACCCAAUUUUACACAAAAAACACCUAUGCUUUGUCAUAUACUUUUUAUCUUUAUAUCUACUUAAAAAAACUUGUGAAAUAUGCUGAGCUUAUUUCUUGAAAUAUAAUUAAACAAUUUGUGUGCAGACCAUA